AUGCCCGCCUCCGACGCCGACGCGAACGCCUUCAUUGACCACCUCGUCGCGACGCUCGACGGCUCGGCCAGUGCCGGCCCGGGAACGUGGGACACGAGUAAACGCGACGCGCGGUUCACGCGGAUAUUGGAUUCGCUUGUCGGGUAUAGGAAAGCGGCUGCUGCCAAUGAAGAGGAUGAGGAGGACGAGUGGGUUGUGGUUGGAGGAGGUAGUCGGGUUGCGACACCUAGCUUGACCAACGAUAGUGGGAGCCGUGGUGCGUCGUCGGUCGUCUCUGAGCCGAUUGUAGACGAGCCCGUCACUCUUGAUGCCAUCCUGAACCGCCCUCCUAAACGAGAGCGCUACCUCACCCCGUCUCAACAGCAAGCCGCCCACGAGCGCCUCCGCGCACGCCACGGCCUCUUCUCACCCUCCUCGCCAACCUACAUCCAGCCCGCCCUCGCAAUGCCGAGUAAACCCGACUACGUAUCUCCGAAAGUGCAGGAGCAACGCGACGCGGAGAUGCGCGUGCGUUAUGGAUUGUUCGAGCCCGUCAUUGAGGGCAGGAAAUGA